UGCUAUCUCCCAUCAUCACCACCACCACGCCGCCCCAAAACCCACUCGCUAAUCGCGCUGCGCACGACGUUAUCCCAGCUCGCACAGACUACGGGAUACUACAAUCAGCCGUUUGGGCAUCACCGGCCCACAUUAUAAUUACCCCGGCGCGUCCCGCCUGACGACUAUACUCAACCUGUAUUGUUACUUCCAGUAUCCUCACUCAACCUCACCAUGGGCAAUAGCCAAGGCAAAGAGUCGCAACCGCCCUCGAGAGGCGGCCAUGUGCGUCGAUCGAGUGCCCAGGUGGCCGCCACCUCGCCCACAGCUGGCUCAUCCGGGCCCAGCGGAUCGUCACACGAGAGAUCAGGAAGUGGUGUUGGGCUGUACAGCGCGAGGAGCGGUAGGGGGAGUAGACAUGAUUUGUCUUUCCUCGGCAUUGGCGGGGGUAGCAAUAACACCGAGCGCGACCCUGCCUUAGAGCCACGGCGCGAGACAAAGGCUGAGCGAGAGGCGCGUAAGCUGGAGAAGGAGCGAGUGCUGAGGGCGCAGGAGCGCGAGCGGAGCAUCAAAGAGGAGGGCGUUGACGGAGCAUUCUUAGUCACACUGGGUACAUACACUGGACCCGAGGACUUCAGUAAACCCAUGGUGCGACAACUACAGAUCGAGCGACGCCUGGCUCCCUUCUGGAAGGGCCUCGAUGACCACUCUGAUACGUGGACCGAACACCAGCUCGUGGCUGUAGCAAACGGUCUCCCACUGCCUGCGCCAGACGAGAUCCCACCAGAAGAGCCGCCUCGACCAGUCAGCCACCUCAGCCCGCAAUGGAAUCCCCGCUCUUCUGACUCCAACAUCAACAACCUUACAGUUCCCAUGGGCGCUCGCUCCAUGUCACAAAACUCAGACCGUUCUGGCACUCUUCCGCCAUCACAUCCCGGCUUCUCUCUCCCGUCCCCGACAUCCCCAAUCGCCCAGAACACCCAAACCUCAACUUCCGCAUCCCCGUUCUUCCGCGGACGAGCCAAGACAUUAGCGUCUCUUGCCAGCGGCUCGCGCAAUGCUUCACAGACCGAGAUGGCUCCCCAGGAACUGCAGCUGCCCAAGGACCCCUACGUCAACGGGCAGCGAGUAGAGGUUUUCUUGUAUAAGAAUGCAGCAGAGUGUCCCAUCUGCUUCCUGUACUAUCCGCCAUACCUGAACAAGACCAGAUGUUGCGACCAGCCUAUAUGCUCCGAGUGCUUUGUACAGAUCAAACGGCCUGACCCUCAUCCGCCUGAGCAUCAUGGAGACGAGCCAGCCGCAACCGCGGAGCCGCAAGAAGAAAUACAGCUGGUAUCAGAACCUGCGGCCUGCCCGUUCUGUGUGCAGCCAGAAUUUGGUGUUACCUAUGAGCCUCCACCGUUUAGACGGGGCUUGAUCUAUGCACAUCAGAGCCAGGGAUUGCACAGCGCGACUUCUGCGAUGUCGUCCUCUACUUCAGUCAACUCGUCGGGUAUCACGUCCCCUGGAGGCAGAAGGAGAGCCACUUCGCUUGCGGUGAACGAUAAGACGGUCAUCACGACAGACAUGGUGCGACCUGACUGGGCGAAGAAGCUGGCAGAUGCGAAGUCGCAUGCCCUGCGAAGGGCAGCUGCAGCGACAGCUUUACACAACGCUGCUUACAUGAUGGGCAAUAUUCAACACCAGGAAGGUCGCGGAUUUGGUCUCGGCAGACGGAGACGGACUAUGUUUGGUACUGAUAGCGGUGCCAGCAGCGGGCAAGGCACCCCGCGAAGAGAAGGUGAAGGAUCAUCAGGUCGCGGAGAGAGUACAGGGGAUUUGUACCCUGGAAGACACAGCUCGAGACGUGGAGGAGGCAACAGACUCGAUGACCUCGAAGAGCUGAUGAUGAUGGAGGCUAUCCGCCUUAGUCUGGCAGCAGAAGAGGAGCGCAAGAGGAAAGACGACAAGGAAGCUGCCAAAGAAGCUAGGAAGGAAGGGAAGAAGAAAGCGAAGGAAAACAAGAAGGUUGCGAAAGCACAACGCAACAUCGGGAGUGGCUUCCAUCCCGUCAACGUGGAUGGUCUGAAUGACACUGCAGGCAGUUCGUCCGCAGCAGGCAAGGGCAAGGCAGUGGAUAGAUCAGGCGGCUCCGUCGGAGUUAACCCCAUGAGCGAACCGACAUCGACCAUCAAUGCGCCAUCCUCGAAAGACUCUCUGAAAGACGACGCACAAAGACAUCUCAAGGAUAGUCGUGCACAAAUCCAAGGAAGCAGCUCGAGCAACCUGGCGCCGUCUGAUGCUCUGCAGGAAGAUUUACCGUCACAUCGCUCUGUUCUGCGGAAUUUGUCUAACGAUUCCUCGUCUGUCUCCUCGUAUUCCGAGUCUGUCCAGGAUGCGACCCGCGACGAAAGUCAAAACAACCUCGCACCUGGCUCUUCUUGCGAGCCGAGUCCCAGCGCAUCGGGACUUAACCUGAGUCGCGACGAGACGCCUGGGGCCUUGUCUGGCACCGAGCCUAUGUUCAAUUUCAGUGCUCUCCAGGAAACCCUCAGUCACGAAGACGAUAAGGCUGAGAGCAGUCCUCAGUACAUUGAAGAUGUUGGCGAGGCAAAGCCCACCUCUGCGCAAGCUCUGACCGGCCUUGACGGUGCAGGUUCGUCUUCAACCCCAGACUCUCAGCCUUCAGAGCCGUCAGAGCAUCUGGCUGAGAGCACGGUGACGCUGAAGGCAUCCGCGUACUCCAGUGCUUCGAAAACCGACAUUGAUGACGAGAUUGAGCCCGCACCACCAGUACAUCCGGUGUCUGAGAACCACUCGUACGAUCAAAAACAUAUCGGGGAGGUUGGGAUGCUGGACAACAACCGUCUAGGCCAUCAAUUCACCCAGUAAAGAGUCCCUCGCCGUUGCAUAUUUCCUAUAUCUUAUCAUACUGCAUUUCGAACCGGCGUUAACGGGGUUGUAGUCAAGCGGUCGGGGUGCUUAUCGGCGGGCUUUUCGUCAUCCUCGGCAUUGCUGUUGCUGUACUCGCCAUUAUCAUCCUCGAAUUGGCGCUUCUCAUCUCGAUCCUUCAUUUCUUUUUGUUUGGAUUGUUCCAGCUAGGAGCAUAGUAGCUCACAAGAGGGUCAGAUCGGCAAGUCUUGGCUGGACAUGGUCGAAAGCUCGCACGUAGAGAGGAGCGCAUGAUUCUAUGCAUAGACGACCAGGCGAACUAUAUAUGAGGCACACUAUGAUAGUGUUUAGUCGAACUUACAACGACGGCCGGCAGUGGCUGGUAUUUACAAA